CAGCUCAGAGUCAGCAGAGGCUGAGAAAGGAGGAGAGAGAACACUGGCACUGAUGGAGGAGCCAAAGGGUACCAAACCAAGGACAUCCUGGCCUAGAAAGGCCCUGCUCAUCCUGGGGUUCCUCUUUGCUUUGGCUGCUAUUGCCUUAGUCGCGAUGGCAGUGAGUCAGAACAAGCCACUCCCAAAGAAUAUUAAGUACGGGAUUGUGCUGGAUGCUGGUUCGUCUCACACUAACUUGUACGUGUAUGAGUGGCCAGCGGAGAAGGAGAAUGACACUGGGGUGGUGCACCAGGUGGAAGUGUGUAAAGUAGAAGGUCUGGGGAUCUCGGGUUACUCCCAGGACACAGAGAAAGCUGGCCUCUCCCUCCAGCACUGCAUGAAAAGAGCUCAGGAAGUGGUUCCAGAACACCAGCACAGAGAGACCCCUGUCUACCUUGGGGCUACAGCUGGAAUGCGGCUGCUCAGCUUGCAGAACAGAAGUAUAGCUGACAGGGUCCUCUCUGCGGUGGAGAAGACGCUGCGCUCAUCUCCCUUCAACUUCCAGGGUGCCAGAGUCAUCAGUGGUCAGGAAGAAGGAGCCUAUGGCUGGAUCACCAUUAAUUACCUGUUGGGCAACUUCAAGCAGCCUGGCUGGCUGAACUUUCUGCCUCACCUGAGAUCUAGCAGGGAGACAUCAGGGGCCCUGGACCUUGGCGGAGCCUCCACCCAAAUCACCUUUGUACCGGACCAAGAGCCAAUUGAAUCUCAAGAGAACUCACUGCACUUUCGUCUCUAUGGCAAGAACUACAAUGUGUAUACGCACAGCUUCCUGUGCUAUGGGAAGGACCAGGCUCUGCGCCUGAAGCUGGCCAGUGACCUACAGAGCACACAGAAUGGCAGCCUCCUGGAUCCCUGCUUUCACCCAGGAUAUUUGAGGAUUAUGAAUAUAAGUGACCUCUACACGAACCCCUGUAUAGCUAAUGGUGAGCAGCAGCUUCCAUUCACACAGCUUCACCUCCAGGGGAAUGGGGAUUACCAAAGGUGCCGAAUGACUAUCCAGAAGAUCUUCAACACUAGCCAUUGCCCUUACUCCAGCUGCUCCUUCAAUGGGAUUUUCCUGCCUCCGUUACAAGGGGAGUUUGGGGCAUUUUCCGCUUUCUACUUUGUGAUGAACUUUUUAAACCUGACAACAGAGAAGAGCCCAGUCCCUCUGGACAAAGUGACAAGCACUGUGGAAAGAUUCUGCUCCAGACCUUGGCACAAGGUAAAGGCAGAAUUUCCCAAGAUAAAAGAGAAGUACCUGAGUGAAUAUUGUUUCUCCGGGACCUACAUCCUCUCCCUCCUUGAAAAUGGCUAUGGAUUCACCAUGGAGAAAUGGCAAAGCAUCCAGUUCCUUGGAAAGAUUGGCAGCAGUGAUGCAGGCUGGACUCUGGGCUACAUGCUGAACCUGACAAACAUGAUCCCUGCAGAGAAGCCCCCGACACGCCCUCUCUCUCAUGCCAGUUAUGUGGGGCUCAUGGUGUUCUGCUCUCUCGUGUUGGUGGCUGUGCUCCUGCUUAGCUGGCUUACCUUCCACAAACCAAAGUGCCUGCAGAAGGGACUCAUUUAGGGAGUGGCAAAUCUCGCAGUAGAGGCUGUAAUGGGCCCCUGACACACCAGCUGCCGCACAGAGUUCUGAGGUCACCUGCAGAGCCAGCCUCACCCAGCAGAGUCCCUCUUGCCUUUCACUGAAGCUACUGCCUGUACAAGGGCAUUCAAUCUUCUCCUCUGGCUCACACCUGCACUGAUGGAUGCACAGGCUCCUCUUUGUGGAGAUGUAUCUUGCUGGGUCACAUAAAGCAGCAACUUUUCGGCUCCUUUUGCUGCAUGUUCUUUUUGCUCUUGCUUAGAGAGAGGCAGCAGUAAUCCUUGAGGGAAUUGCUGUCACUUGGAAGCGCCAAGCUGACUGUGGGGCUAAUCUCAGGAUUAUGCAGGAAGUCAUUGCACUAUGCAGAGAUCUAUUUCCUUUCCCUGGAGACGGUCCCCACAGCUGCUCAGAGCCUGUCUGAGCAGGGCAUCUGCACCAGCACAAACCAAGCUUGCUGCCCUUGGCCACCUUCAGCUCCUCGGGAGCAUGCUGUAUCCUAGCUCUGUCUACCAUGUAAAACCUGGAUCCCAGCUGCCCACUGCUUGGCUGGCCACACAGCUGGACACCAUAUGGGACAAGCAGAUGUGAGGGGGAAAGGAACAGAAGAUGUUGGGUCUGGAGGAGGCCAGCAGCCUUGGCUGAGCUCUGGCAAUGGACCUGAAAUACUAGGAGGCAAAAUGUUCCUUCCACAGAAGAUUGCUGUAUAUAUGAAAGGAAACCUCUUCUCUCACCACCUUCCAGAAUUUAUCACUGGCCCAUAGCAGAUCCCUGUCCAGAUUAAGUCUGAUGUAAGGGACCUGUCUAUCUGGUCACACACAUUCUUAGCCAGACACUGCUGAUCUCUCCAGGAACAACUCACAUUGGGCAAGGAUCAUUCGCAAACAGCUUCGAUUUAUAUUGUACCUGCAGACAGGGUUCCAUGGACACUGGACACUACAGCACACCAACAAGAUUCCAGCGCUUGCAGCGGGACCAUCUCUCUGGCAAUUCUAAUCACACAGAAACCUAGGCCCCAGAGAAGUGUUUUUAGUAGAUCAUGUUCCUUUAAAAGACACCUGGCACCAGUGUAAACUGAAACAUGCAAAUAUUGAUGAAUUGAUUCAUGCUUUGUGUUUGCGACAUGCAUGAAAAUUAGUCACAAUCUGAACGUUCUUUCCUUUCCCCCUGCUUAGACCUAACAUCUCAACCUCAAGCCACCCCCCCGGCCCCUCCCAAAUGUACACACCAGCCCAUUUUUCUAGCCUUUAGUAUGGGAUAGCAACUGAUCAGUUUUCAGCCUCUUGUAAUGUCACUCUUCCCACUUUUUGCUAAAGAACUGGAGUGGAAGCUGGGACUCAACUUCGAUAACAAACAGAAAACACUGUGAGGCGUCUUCAUACAUCAAAAGGAGCCAGUUGCAAAUCUCCUUCCCUAAUAGCGAUCCCCCUGCUUUGGAGGCAAAAAGGAAAGGAGAUUCCCCAAAGCCAGUGAUGCUGGGUAAAGGGUUGGCAAAUAAAGGUAUCUACUUAGUCCUCAAGCAGAGGUGUGGAAGGGAAUCAGAUGGAGGGAGCUUUAUCCUCAUCGGCACAACCUCCUUUCAGCAGACAGAGAUAUAUAGAGUUUAAAGCCAGAAUGGUCCACUAAGAUCAUCUAGUCUGGCAUCCUGCAUAACACAGGCCUGAGAACCUCACCCAGUAAUUUCAGUAACAAACCCAUAACUUCUGUUUGAGCUAGAGCAUAUUUUUUAGAAAGGUAUCCAGUCUUGCAUUAAUGUUAAGUGAUGGAGAACCCACCACAACCGUAGGUACAUUGUACUAAUGGUCAGUUGCCCUCACUGUGCAAAUCUACCUUAUUUCUAGUAUGAAUUUGUCUAGCUUCAGCUUCCAUCCACUGAUCUCAUUAUGCCUCAUUAAAGGCCCAUUUACUGUCAGAAAUCUCUUCCCCCUUGUAGGUACUUGUAGACCAUCAUCAAGUCACUUAUGAACCUUCUCUUGGAUAAACUAAAUAGAGCUGCUCUAGACUCUCACUGAAAGGCAGCUUUUCUAGACCUCAAAGCAUUUUUGUAGCUCUUUAUUGAAUAUUUUCCAAUAUCUGAACAUCCUUUUUUGAAGCACUGACAUGCUGUAAACAGAGGUAAGACCUCACCCCUACUCCUGCUUGAUAUUACCCUCUUUAUAAAUCUAAGGAUUACAUUCCCCCUCUUAGCUACAGCAUCACGUUGGGCACCCAUGUUUGGUUUAUCUACCAUGACUACUAAGGGUAUGUUUUUGCUGCAAAAUAAACCUCUGCAGCAGUGUCUCAGAGCCCAGGUCGACUGACUCGGGCUUGUGGGACUUGUGCUGUGGGGCUAAAAAUAGCCAUGUAGCCGUUCUGACUCAGGCUGGAGACUGGGCUCUGCAGACCGCUCCCCUUGCCCUUUACAUCUAGAUAUAACUGUGCAUCUGGCCAUGUCAAAAGGCCCAGCUUACCAGCUAGUCCAGUUGGUCUGUAUAACUGACCUGGCAUCUUCAUUAUUUACCACUCUACCUAUUUUCCUGUCAUCUGCAAAUACACUGAGACCCUGGAAUGGUCCCAGUGCCAGAAACUUCAUUCUGCUCAAACUGUACUCCGCACUGGAAUACAGGGAAUCAUUUGCCCUGUAAAUGAAGUAUGUGAUCAGGGCUGCUCCAGCUGAGAAUAGUGACUCUGACGCAUCCCAUUUCCUUCCACCAACUCUGCAUUGUCUAGGGAACCUCCUUCUGCAGAGUGUUCCCUGAGGGAGUCGUUUCCACUGGGCUAACCGCCCCUUCUUGCUGUUAAAAUAGGAUGGAGAGUCUGCCCCAGCCUGCAGUCUAGUCCUCUCCCUCUUCUCAGGUCAGCAGUCACACUUCAUCGCUGAGUGGGCAGCCCUGAGUUCUGGUAAGUGAAGGCUGCAAGUAAGUUUUGCCGAAUGGCUGGGAGUUGGAAUUGCCAAAUGUCAGGAAAUUCUGAGUUGAUAAGCCAGAUUAAUUGAAGCUGGUGUGGGGAGAGGGGUAAAUUUAUGCCCCAUUCCAGACUGUCCCCUUCUGUCCUAGUAGGUGAUCAUGCCAAGGGAGAUCAGACAGAUGUUUUGGGGUCUCUGUUGGAGAAGCAGUGUUGCCAGUUCUCAUGAUUUAAUUGCGAGUCUUGAGCUAUUUGGUGUUUUUUUUCCCUAAAACCCAGCUCCUGGAAUUGUGAUUAGGUGAGAAUCUCAGAUUUCGUUUCUUUUCUUUCAAAAAAGCAAGUUUCUAGCCCUGAUGAUUGUGGAGAAACUUGAAAAUGUUGCCUGAAUGAACCCUAAAGGCCCAGAAGGCAAAGAAAAGGAACCCUAAAUGUGUGGGGUGUUUUUUUUAAUCUUAUGAUUUGUUAAGCUCAUCUCAUGAUUCAUGGGAGCCAGAUCUAGGAUAUUUGAGGACUUGAGGUGGUCACUACUGAGAAGGGCAAUUUUCGUCUGGCAUCCCCAUAGGAGCCCUGCAGGCCAAGGCUGUAUAGAGAAUGUGCUGAAUCUAUACAUGCCACCAGCCUCCUCCCUUCCAGGCCAGCACUGUCUAUGCCGUGGACUGGAGCUGGCCUGAGGUGCUCUCUCUACUGGCCAUUUCCCCUGCUUUGACCCUCAAGGACUUUCUGCUUAGGGAAAGCUGCCCAAAACCACAGAGUCAUCGGCUUUAAGGCCAGACUUCUCAUAUAGCACAGGCCAAACAGGUUCACUAGUUAACCCUAUAUCAAGCUCAGGAAUUGGAGCCCUUUUAAAGCGUAUCUUACAGAAAGGCCUCCAGUCUGGAUCUGAAGACUCCAAGAGAUGAAGAACCCACCCCUUCCUGUGAAGUUUGUUCAAAUGAUUAAUCACCCUUUUAAAAACUGGUGCCUCAUUUCUAACUGACGGGCUUCAGCAUCCAGCCGUUGGUUCUUGUUCUGCCUCUCCCCGCGAGGUGAAAGAGCUUGUUAGUCCCCAGUAUUUUCUCCUUUGCAAUUACUUCUACACUGUAAUCAUGUCACCUCUUGGCUCUUGCUCUUCUUUAUUAAUUUAACAGACUGAGCUCCUCAAGUCUCUCCCUGUAGGGUGUUUCCCCAGCCCUUGCAUGGCAGUCAGCAGAGAACCUGAGUUGAAUUUAGCCCCGUGUGGGCCGGGCCUCCCUCACUCUGUGACUCCUUGCUCCAAUUCUGAGCAGCCCCUUUCCAGGCAGGCUUCCUGAGUUGAACUUUAUAACUUUCCAGGCUGCAGCAGGGGCCCACAAUGCAAUCAGACUCUGCUCCCUCCAGGCCUGAUAAAUUCCACCAGCUGUUCACCUUCUCCCCUUCACACAAAGGUCAGGCUUGAAACUUCACAGCAGUAGGGCUGAGACUCAUGCAGGGCUAAAGGCUGGGUAGGUGCCCAGCCCUCCAGCACCAUCCUGUCCUCUAGCUACCAACUUAAACAACCCCACUCACUCCCUAUUCCCAA